GUGGUUCUCCGUAGCUGAGCUAGUGCUUGAACGAGGAUUUCGAAAUGGUGAAUGGAAUUUCCAGAGUCAGUUGGAGCUACUUCCUCUGCCUGUUCAUCUGACUGGCAAGGAAAAGGAAAAUGUCGCGAUUGCUCUGCAAUUUUUUUGGUCCUUUUGAUUGCUCAAGUCGGAGGAAUUUCUCUUCUGUCUUCUUCAGCUUUUCCUCCAUUAUAAUGCAAACUGAUCAUGUUCUGGUAGCAAAUUAGGCAAAAAAGGGAAAACUCGCCCAAUCUCCCUCUCCCAUUCUAAAUCUGAAGAUCAGAAGAGCUACCUGUCUUCAGAAAACCUACCAUAUGAACAUUCAAUGCUUCCUGAAGUUAGCCAAAAUCGAGCUCACGCAUUCAGCUGAUAUAACUGAGUGGAGGCUAUGAUUAUUAAUUAUUCUAAUUGUUGUAUUUAUUUGGUGAGAAAGUGCUCUGGGAUUUCUGUUACUCUUACGAUUUUUUUUAAAAAAUCUUAUUUAAAUAUAUAUUUUAUGUUAAACACCCGCAGUUUUGUAAAGAUGAAUAGAUGAGCAGCUGCUUUGCCCUUUGUUUACGCUUCGAUAGCAAGGUUGGGUGGUUCAAUACCUCCCUCGCUUUUCUCCCGUGGUGUCUCCAUGAUAUUACCUUUGUUUCCGCAAUGAUGCCUGCUAUCAUGAUGAGAAAAGAAAUAGUGGCACUGUUUGACUAUUGGGUGCAUCUUAAAGCUUGACCCCUUGCCUAAGAUCCUUCUUCUAUGUAUUGAAAUUAGCUUUUCAUCCAUCAAUUUCGGCAUCCCACCGCCUUUUCUUUUAUUCCCUUCGACUCUUCAGUUUCGGCAUCUCGGUGCUUCCAUUUGUCUCUGUUAUUAAUCACAUGAACUUGAGUUCUCUCUCUGUUGCUCGAAAUGCUCUUGACAUGUUGCAGAGACUGCAAUAAUUGAGGAAAUCUGAAAACUCAUAAACUGAGAAAGAGUGCCACAUUAGCCUCUGACUCUGGUUCCUUCAGUAGUGGCGUAACAGACAAAGAUUCGCUCAUGUUGGACUUAGGGCAAAGAUCAUCGAGACGACCUGCUGGAACUCCGAUCAAGCACUUGCUGGCAAAGGAGAUGUCCCAGGAGAGUGAAUCUAGACGACGGUCACAGAGUGUCAUCGCAAGAUUAAUGGGCCUUGAGGGGCCGCCACCUCCACAACCUGCUCAGAAACCACAAAGGAGGUGCUCUCAAGAGCAUCGGCUUACGGCCAAGGUAGAGAAGGUUGAAAGAAGUAGCCCUUUUUCCAGUCGCCGAUCAUCGAGGAGAAGCUCCCAGGAGGAACAAGAAUUUAAAGAUGUAUUUGAAGUUGUAGAAGCUCCGAAGGUUGAGAAAAGUACUUACCGGUCCCCGGGGACUGCGAGGUCUAAUAUAACCUCAGAGGAAAUGGCAUUCAUCAGGCAGAAAUUCGUGGAGGCGAAGCGGCUGUCUACUGAUGAUAAACUUCAGGACUCGAAGGAAUUCCAUGAUGCGAUUGAGGUGCUUGACUCCAACAGAGAUCUCCUGCUGAAGUUCCUUCAGCAGCCAGAUUCUUUGUUUACAAAGCACAUGAAUGAUCUGGAAGUUGCUCCUUUUCAGUCCCAUUUCAGCCACAUUUCAACUGCUAAAUCAUCAAAAGCUCACGCAUGUGAACCAAAUUAUCAUGGAUUGAAAUCAGGAAGAGAGAAAUUGCCAAGAAAGUCAAGGAAAUCUUCUGAUAAGCAUAAAAACAAUUUGCCUGGUCACCAGAAUUGUGGUUCUCCUGAUACCCUGAAACCAGCGAAGUUGGAAGGAAGAAAGGACUCUGAUAUUGUUCCUACGAGGAUUGUUGUCCUAAAGCCCAACCUCGGUAAGGUUUAUCACUCUACCAAAAGCCCUUCAUCACCCCCUUCACAUUCUCUCCUGUCAGAUAGUAGCAGUCUCGAAGAUUUCCCAAGUUUUAGAUCCAAAGAUAUGGAGCAGAUUCGGAGGAAAAAGUUGAAUGGCGAUGUGGAUUUGAAGCUCCAGUUGGAAGGGUCUCGAGCAAUUGCCAAAGAAAUAAGUAUGAAAAUGAAAGAUGAAUAUGAUUCUGGCUCCCCAAGUAUUUUGCCCUUGAAGAUCAGUGAAUAUGGGGACGAUAGCUCGUCUACUGUCUCUAUGAACGACUCUGCAAAUGAAUCUGAUAUAACUAUAUUGACUUCAACGAAGUCUUCUGACUGGAAUAACCGAUGCAAACAUGCAUCUUGUUCGACCGAAUCUUCUGUGACUAGGGAGGCUAAGAGAAGGCUCUCAAGGCGGUGGAAAAUGACUCACAAGUCUGAGGAUAUGGGUGAACUCAGCAGGGGUAGCACUUUGGCUGAUAUGCUCGCCACUGACCGUGAUGCAAGAAGUCCAGACGCAGAUUGCCACAACGGUCGAAAAGCAUUUGCUAGUAAUGAUUUGUCUGGUGCUUUGGUUGAGCCUCUGGGUAUUAGCAGCAGAGAUGGCUGGAAAGAUGUGUGCGUGAAUAACUUGUCAAGAUCAAGAUCUGUUCCUUCUUCAUCAAACUUUUCUGGCAGUCCUAGAGCAAACAUGAGCUGCGAAGCUCCUCGCAAUUGUAGGUAUACAAUACCUAGGGAGACAAUAAAGUGGGAAAAGAAUAAGAAAAUAAUCGGGCAUGCUGAUUCAAGGGAUGCUUUAGCUCCUAGAAAGUUGAGAUCCCGGCAGAGUGAGCGUCACCCUCGCCGCUUUAUAAGAGGAGAGACAAGCAGUGCGUCAGAAGAAUUUCAUCCGAGGCAGAAUCAACCAAAACCUGGUCUCAUGGAGAUGGGUGCAUUAUGGCUAAGUCCUGUAUUUUCUGAAUCAUCGGCUAGCAUUGUCCAUGACGAUCUGGCCGUAGAACAUGUGAAUAAAUUCUCUCCAGCAGAAGCUUUAUGUCCCCAGCUGUCCACUCCUUUCUUGAACUCCUCGUGCAGUGACAGAGAUGAUCAGGUAUCAAAGGAACCAUUGGAUGGGUCAUCUAAAGAAAUUCCUGAUACCUUGCAUCGUCCUGUACCUGAACUGCAGUCUCCUGCAAGCUCCAAGGAGGCUGAUCAGCCCAGUCCGGUUUCAACUCUGGAAGCUCCUUUUACAGAUGAUCCUUCAUCUGGGUCCGAGUGUUUUGAGAGUCUAAGUGCUGAUCUCCAUGGGCUUCGCAUGCAACUUCAGCUACUCAAGCUCGAGUCUGAAGCAUAUGGGGAGGGGAAUGCACUAAUCUCUAGUGAUGAAGAUGUAGGGGAAGGGCCAUUUGGCACAUCAGAGGACAGGGCGGCGCAUAAAACUAAAGGGAGCUGGGAAUCCUCGUAUGUCACAGACAUCUUAGUCCGUUCAGGAUACGUCGAUUAUGACCCCGACACCUUCGUAUCAAAGCUUCAUUCUCUUAAGUCCCCUGUCGAUCCCUCGAUGUUUGAAGAGCUCGAGAAAUCACACUCUAGUGAAAGUUCCUCGAGGCCUGAGAGGAGGCUACUCUUCGAUCGGUUAAAUUCUGGAUUGAACGAGAUUUACCAGCAGCUGACUGACCCACACCCUUGGGCGAUGGCCAUGAGACCGGCUCUGGGGUUCAAGCUGAGCAGGGACGGGCUUCUCGAUGGGCUGUGCAGAUCAUUGGUGGGCCGAGACAAGAAAGCGAAUAAAGGUACGCUAGACAGGGUUUUAAUUAGCGAGUCACAGUGGCUGAAUUUGGGAGAUGAUUACGAUAUCAUAGGGAAGGAAAUCGAGAGGCUGUUGGUAGAUGAUAUACUAGCAGAGGUAGUCGUAGAGCUUAUAUAGAAAUAUUCUCCUGUUUAAUAGCUACUUACUAGUAGGUUAAUUUGCAGCCGAUGAUGUUAAGUACUACACGGAUGAAGUGAUGGGAAAUGAUCAUUUCACGAUGAAGUUAAAUAAUACUACGAGUAUAAUAAUUCAGUCUUAA